UCACGCAUGGUUUCCAAACAAUGCUCAGGAAAAAGCCACGUUGACGAUCCAGACUUGAGUGUAGCCCACAGUUUCAGGCAGAAUAAAGCAGGAAUUGGUUUUAAGUCGAGGAUCCGCUUCCUCCUCGCAGCAGACAGCAUGUCGUCGCCGCCGAAGGAGAAAGUCGAAACCAAAGGCGGUCAUCUCCCUGCAGUAAAGGCAGGCGGUAUGAGGAUAGUGCAGAAGCACCAGCCGACUCCUGCCCCAGAACCACCGCAGAAAGAUGACAGCGAGGAGUACGUCAGCAGCAGUCCACCGAGAGCCCCUGUAAUUGUGUCUGGAGUGGUUACAAAGGGUGAUAAGGACUUCACCCCAGCAGCUGCCCAGGUGGCCCACAACAAGCCCCAGCCUGGUGUACCCAAGCUGCCCCCUGCCCAGCACAUCAACCAGCAUAUCCACCAACCCCGCAAGUGAGCCAGGCAGCAAUCUACAACCAAGCCACCAAGCUACUAACUCCACCAGCCGGCCUUCCAAAUGGAACACACAGGAUGAAAACGGUUCCCCACCAGGCACAGAUCUUUAAAUAAUAAGAGUAAUUAUAUUUUUGGGAAAGUAAGCAACAGAUAUUUGAAGUCAGUACAGCUCCAGUACAAAUCCCACUCUUAAUACCCCUGCUGCAUUGGUGCCGCUCUAGCAGCUCUGCACUUAUGAAGGAUUGUUUUCCAGUUGAAUAGUCAUAAGGUGAUGUAAACAGGUGAAGAGCCUUCUAAAAUUGUUCUCUUUCCACAAAUCAAAUAUUAACAGAGAAACUGAUCUCAGAUCUGAGUCUGUUUGGGGGAACGUUCGCCACAUCCAUUCAAUCACAGCAACCUCUCAAUCAGCCCGCUUAACCAACCGAGCCCACGCUACGAUGCUUUGAUCGUCACAAAAGAACCAGUCGAGAAAUCACGAGGUGGAUGCCUGUUUACCAACCCUCCGAACCAAAAAGACCACAGGAAGCAGCUUUUGAAUGUGUAAUUCAGCAGCUUAGACUAGAGAAAGUAAGACUAGCAAAUUACAUGACAGCAAUAAGUAAUCAUUAGCCCAAGUGCUUAAGUUACCAACAGCUUUGACAAGCAUUCCAUUUGACCUGGUCACCCGUAUUAUAUAUUAAUGCUAGAAAUGUGUAAGAGAAUGAGUAAUGCAAUGCUUGAUUGAAUCUUGUGAAUACCCCCCCCCCCACACACACACACACACACAUAUAUUAUAGAUAUUUUAGAUAGCCCUUUUUUGCUAUAUUGAUGCCAUUACCCAAAAGCUUUUUCAUGCUUGAUGUCAUCAGUCAACACGUGCUAAUGAAGCUUCCGGGUCACCGUUAAACCUGUUGAGCUUUUAUCACCGUUUCCUCCAGUGUCACCGUUCUUACCUUUUAUCAUUCACAGUUAUCAGCCUUAGCUGUACUGAUAUCUCUCUUUUCCUGGCAGUCUUAAUCGAUUUUACACGUAAACUUAACCUGUUGACGGUAAAACUCUACCAUCGGUGCCUCAUCGCUUGGAUUUUAAGACGCGCGGGCUCAUUAGUCUCAUGUUUAUCUGUGACGGAAUGAAAGUGCAGCCAAAUAUGUAACGAAACUUAAAGAAAACCACCAGCUGCAGGACGCUCUGUGAUUGCAUUAACAUUAGCUCAGAUAUCACGAGGGACUUAAUUACAAGGUGAACAAAGCAUCACAGAGAAGCAGUUGAGGAAAGAGUGAGGCAUUAAACUGUCAGAUGAAGGUGAAAAUGGGAACAUUAAAGGAGAACAGCACAGGCUGGGAAAAAGAGAAGUCUCUACAUUCCAUACAAAACGCGUCGAAGCAAAGACGUUUCGGCCAUGUGACUGUUUGUCGGUGUACAAAGAAGGUGCAACAUGUUUAUCACUACUUGGCUCAUCACAUAUCAGAAAACGUGUACAACACUCGAAAAUCCACAUGGGAUUUCCUGAGAAAGUGAUGCGCUACAGCACACACACAUAUAUACACACACACAAAAAAAACACCCUUUUCCUUAAAAUCGUCUUGCGCUCGAGUAUUAUUUGUUGCAACACUAAUGUUCAGGUUUCCAGGAAAGAAACAACGGAAGAAAUUAUGUUGCCAAGAAGAAAUGAUUUCCUGUGUUAAUUUAAUUCUAUUUCAAUUGUUAUUUCUUCUCAGUACUUUUUCUUGAAUUGUUCAAAUUGUAUAAAGUCAUUGAGUGGACUUAGGCAUUAGGUAUGGUUGUCAUAGUAAAUAAAGAUAUGGAGUAUCUUA